AAGAAAACAAGAGCAGUUGUACGGCUGACUUUCCCAAGAAGUACGUGCUCUUCUAUUCUAGAGACAGCCAAAAGAACAAGAGGCCGCUGCAGACAGAACUUCUCUGUAAACACUUGCACAUGGCCAUAUGUGCAGCCGUCUAUUAGAAGGAGACGAAGAUGGGAUUCCCCUUUAUUGAGAGACUUCUGCGCCUUUUGACGCUCUGACGUUACUUUCAGCUGAAGAACUGCUAAGUCCUGGAUUUCUCCGCUGUCAACCACAGGAAGCUCGAAAAUCUGUGAAGUUUGAACAAGCAGCCUUCCCAAGAUGUACCAAAUUUCUCAACUGAUGUCGACACCAGUCGCAAGCAAAUGUUCUUCUGGAUCCAAGAAAGAACAUGCUGAAAAGCCGUCUCCCACAUGCAUUUUCCGAAGUCUUUCCUGUGAUUUCCUGGAUGGUGACAGUUCCUUUGAAUGCUGCUCCAUAGAUCCCCUGACAGGCUCCCACUUUAGCUGCCGCCGAAGUCCCAGACUGCUCACCAACGGCUACUACGUUUGGACAGAAGACAGUUUCCUCUUUGACAAAGAUGGCAACAUAACUCUGAGCCCAUCCCAGACUAGUGUUCUGUACAAGGAAAACUUAGUUCGAAUAUUUAGAAAGAAAAAGAGAAUCCGCCGUUCUUUUUCUUCUCUCUUCAACUUCAGUCCCUCUGAAUCCUGGCUGCACGGAAGUAGGUUCGAUGAUGUUGAUUCUUCCCCGAGUGAGGACAUCUGGUUGGAGGGGGUCAGAAGGCUGGACACGCACCAGCGCAGCGAAAAUGGUGGAGGUGAUUUGGACUGUUCUCUGAUUGAUGAGUGGGUGUCAGAGAAGCCGAAUGCAGAAUCUGUGAAAGCAUCCUCUUCCGGCCAUGUCACAUCUCAGACUCCCAGAGAAAACUCCCACAACCCGUCCCUUCAGUCCCAGUUGGUGGCUUCUGAACAUCUCCAAGGGAACGUUUUGAAUCAUGCAAAAGCCAGUUUGUUGCAAGAGGUUUCCUUUCAAGUGAUUCUGCUUGUUGCAUGCUUAAUCAUUUCUGCGUGUGCAAGAUGGUUUCUGGGAGGACUAUUAGCCAGUGUCUUCACAUGCCCUUUGAUGAUAACUAUUACUUAUGUUGUCAAAUCAUUGUUUCUCCGCCUGACCAGCUAUUUCAAAGCCACCGCUUGUGCUCGGUUUGCCAAAAUUUGACAACCAUUUAGGAGAGCCUCUGAGGAUUGUCUUCAAUCUGAAUAUUCCUAAAUGGUCUGACUUGGAGUUGACUAGGAAUCAACCGCAUUAUUGGAAGGAAGUGAGCAACUGGACAAUUGAGAAAAAAAACAUUUUAAUUCGGUUAUGUGAUUUUUUUUUAAAAAGCCUGUUUUGCCCUCAUAAUUGUAAUAAGCUCAUGAAAAUAAUAUUAAUUUGCCUUUCCUUUGCAAACACUGGCAGUUGUAGAGGAAAGGACUGGGAAAUGUGAUCAAGAGCAAAGCCCUGGGUAAAUGCUCCCCUAUUAUUCCCUAAGGCGGUGGUUCUCAAACAUUAAUUUUCAUUAGAGAAUUCUAUGCAGAGUUUAUAACAAUGCAGGCUCCUGGGUCCGCCCACAUGCCCCUAUCCUUUGCUGAACCGCUUUAAUUGAACAUGAAAGCAAGUUUAUAUAACCAAUACCAACUUGAAAGUAACUAAAUGCACUCUGUACGUAAAAUAUAAUGUAAAAAGAAGUUCACCAUGCUCCCCAAACGAGUGGCUCAAUAGGAGGUGGUGACAACAGAUGAUGGUUGAUGGAAAGUGGGCAAGAGAGAGCCAUUCUUUUGAACAUACAUUCUUCUUUUGAACCAUUUUCUUUACCAAGUUUUCAACCUUCUUGGGGCUCACGAUUAACUUUCACUUAAAUGGCAGCUAAAAUAAAGAUGUAACACAGAAAAAAUCCCUUAAGGGCAAAAUAAAGGGAAAACACCAGAAUGCCUUGAAACACAUAAAAAUGAUGUGGUUGCACAACCAACUGGAGGGUUGUAGAAGAUGUUCCCUGUCUGUCUGUCUUGCUUGGUAUAUGUUCCCAAUGGAAAGAUGGCUUGAAUUCAACUUUUUUCUAUGUGAUAUUCUCUGUCUAGAAACUUUCAUGGAGAAAAUUGUCUUUCCUUCAAACGGCAAUGUCAAAAUAUCACUUUUUAUGUCAUUUGUA